ACUGACGUACGUCUCCACCAAUGGGAGGCGAGAUCUAAAAGUAAUCGGUCCUGCCUUCGCGGAGAAUGCCAGAGAUACUCUGUAAUGGCGACAGGUUUGCCUUCUCAGCUGACAUGUUAUAAUAUGGUGUGGGAAGUGAAAACUCAGUCAGUCCCCCAGAGAGUCCAGCAAGUCCAGUCACAGAGCUCAGGAAUGGACGAGGCCUUCGACCUGCUCAAGUGUAAUGAGCGUCUGCCCUCCUCACCCGGCUGCCCUUCCAACGAGAGCCACAUGGAGUUCGAUGACCUGCCGGAGCUGCAGGAGGUGCAGGACGAUCAGUCGACCCCUGGCGUGUUCCAGGUGGCCCCGGGUGUGUCUCAUCACGAGGAGGAAGCGUGGAGCUCCAGCGUUUCACACACAAACUGGCUAACGGAGCUGGCCAACAUCGCCACGAGCCCUCAAAGCCCCCUGCUCCAGAACGCCCCACACAACCGGUCUUCUCCUGUCCACAUCUUCUCCAGCAGUAGCAGUUUACAUUCCUACGCUCGACCCCCUCUGUCUUCCAGCAGCGCCCCCAGUCCCGCCCGCAGCCACAUGAGAGAGCGCCGGCGCACCAGGGCCAGCAGCGAGUCGGAGUCUGGCAUUUUCUGCAUGUCGUCUCUGUCCGAUGAUGACGACCUGGGAUGGUCCCAUUCCUGGCCCUCCACUGCCUGGCAUUGUUUCCUGAAAGGAACACGUUUACGCUUCCACAAAGGUCCGAAUGUGGAGUGGCAGGAGGCAGAGGACGUGAUGGAGUCGGAUGAAGAUUCUGAUGACGAGGGAGAAACACGGUCCAACCCAAUGAAGAGUUAUGGCUGUGAUGGCCUAAAGCUGGUGAUCUUUGAGGAGAGUGUGUCUUUCGGUCAGUCUGUCCUGAAAUUAACCUUUGACCCCGGUUCCCCUGAAGCAGGGCCUCUGACUGCCGAGUGCAGAUUGGACCAUCCGUUUUUUGUGAAAAAUAAAGGGUGGUCUUCUUUCUAUCCGAGCCUUACCGUUGUACAGCACGGCAUCCCCUGCUAUGACAUGCAGGUCGGAGACGUGUGUCUGCCGCCAGGACACCGCGACGCCAUCAACUGCGACGACUCCGUCGUUUUUGACACUUUUAGGAGUUAUGACUUCACUCCUCUGGACUCCUCUGCCGUGUAUGUUCUGAGCAGUAUGGCACGCCAGCGUCGGGCUUCCCAGUCCAGUGGGGGCGCUGUGAGCCCCGACUGCGAGGCCCUCGGCUCCUCCCACCACUCCACCAGCAGCAAAUCACAGCGCAGCCACGCCUCAGGGAGCUCUGGAGCCACACCCACAAAGUGCAAGCGGCCAAUGAAUGCCUUCAUGCUUUUUGCCAAGAAGUACAGGGUGGAAUACACGCAGAUGUAUCCCGGCAAAGACAACAGAGCCAUCAGCGUGAUUCUGGGCGAUAAAUGGAAGAAGAUGAAAAACGAGGAAAGGAGGCUGUACACCAUGGAAGCCAAAGCUCUGGCCGAGGAGCAGAAACGACUCAACCCUGACUGCUGGAAACGCAAGAGAACAAACUCGGGCUCUCAGCAGAACUAGCCCGAGGAUCGUCACGAAAACACGAACUGGACAGCAGGAGACGGACACCGAUACACAUUCUCUCGAAAGAAUGAUAAACCGCAACUGUGAUGCUUCACGCACUUGCUUUAGGGGGGAAAAAAAAACAAACAAAUCAAAUUUGCUAAUUACAACGAAACAUCUUCGCAAGAAGAAAUACAUUUGAAAAAUAUAUGAACGAUAAUAUAAUUAUAUGGGAUAUAUAAAAAAAAAAAUGUAAUCUAGUCAACUAACAGUGCUUGUGUAUUUUUCUUAUCCUUUCAAAAAUGACGAAAAUGCCUUACUUUUCCAAAGCAAGACAACGCUCAGUUCUUCUAUCAGGUAAUUUCGUAUUUCUAGGCUUGAAAGGUGCAACCCUGUGGUGCUAUUUUACUGAGGCCGAGGAGCGAUAUAUAUAUAUACAUACAAAUAAUGUCUAUUUUUCAAUGUAAAAAGGGGAAAUUUAGAUCUUAGCUUGUUUUUUCAGCAGUUCAUAUUAAUUAUAUUUGUAUAACUCAACUUAUUGCACAGACUCAAAUGUAUUGCUAACAGACGAAUGCAGUUGAACUUCGUAUUCGUCGAGGUGCUGGAAAAAGGUUGAAUUUGAUAUGACACCAGUCCAGCCUAGGCCAUAAUCAGUGUGUGUGUGUCUGCGUAACUGUGAGCAGGUGUGUGUGUGUGUAUCCAUAAUGGCCAUAUUGUACAUGGAUCGAGUCCCACACGCACGCAAGCAAGUACAACGACACACAUGUUGUCACAUACAGCACUUCAGGGCCAUGCCUUCACUGUAAGUGUUCUUGUUUUUGCACUUUAUAUUCAAAUAUAUCCUUAUACAACCAAUAAAUGUAUACAAGCUGAAAUGAUGUGUAAAAAUAUAUAUAUAUCUUGAUAAGAUGUAUCCUUUGACACAAUCAUGGCCAAACUGAGCAACGGAGUGUUGUGUUUUGUGUUUGCCAUUGGAUUGCAUUACAAAUACAUUUAUGUUAAUAUUGUACAGGUCAGCGUUCCCAUCCAUUUCUUGCACAAACUAUUCUUGUAUCAUAUUAUAAAUAAAAUUUUAAACUCGCUACCCUA